AUGUCUACUACGACAACCAACAGUCAACCUCCGCAUGUUUUCAUGUCCCCCGCUCCGGAGGGCUACAUUGUUAUGUUGGCGCCAGAUGAGCAAAAGUACAUGGUACCCUUGCAUCUCGUGCCCGAUCUGCAACACGCAUUUGAGUCUUACAGACACAAGAUGAGACUGGGUGUUCCACAGGCAUCUUCGUCUGUUCAGCAGGCAGACCCUAAUGUGGUGGAAUAUACCCUUGACGAAGGCCAUUCCUCUCAUUUCCCAAAUCCGCCUCUUAGCGAACAGGAGUGCCUGGACGUUCAUUCAGAAAUUCUCGCACUACAACAGUGUUUGGGGAUAUCAUACAAGGACGCGGCACAUCGUCUCUACAUGACCGAAUUGGCGAAAGCCAAACUUGCCUAUAAGUCAAUGAAGAGCCUUAAACAUAUCUCAGAAGGUAUUGACAACUCCUUAUUGGAUUUACAUGCGCGUCUGGGGGCGGGUUCAUAA